UAGGCUAUAAAAGGCAUCCCACAGUCAGGAGCAGCUCAGUCUGGGGUGUGCUGUUGGUUCACUCGCUCCAAGCAUGGUCACGUCCCACCGCAGGCACCCCUCGAGGUUGGGUGGCCCGUGGCUGCUGGGUCUCCUGGCACGGCUGCUGCUCUGGGGCUCUCCGGGUGCUUGGGCGAGCUACCUGAGGAGAUCCUCCAGCUGCAUGCCCAUCCCACACCGCAUGGCCUUGUGUUACGAUAUCGGCUACUCCGAGAUGAGGAUUCCCAACCUGCUGGAGCAUGAGACCAUGACAGAAGUCAUCCAGCAGUCUUCCAGCUGGCUGCCCUUGCUGGCCAGGGAGUGCCACCCAGAUGCUAGGAUUUUUCUCUGCUCCCUCUUUGCACCGAUCUGCUUGGACAGGCUCAUCUAUCCCUGCCGCAGCCUCUGCGAAGCCGUCAAGAGAAGCUGCGCGCCCGUCAUGGCUUGUUACGGCUACCCCUGGCCCGAAAUCCUGAAUUGCAACAAGUUCCCUGCAGAUCAUGAACUGUGCAUCGCAGCAGUCUCUAUGGAUGAAAAUUCCUCAAGCAGGAGAAUGCCCCGAGCCAGCUGCAAGGACUGCGAGCUUGAGGAGGCCAGCACUGCCAGGGAGAUCCUGGAAAGCCUCUGUGCCAAUGAUUUCGCAGUGAAAAUCCGAAUCCUGAGGAAGAACACCACCAGCACCACCACCAUCUCGGACUUCGAUCUGGACUCCUCCAAGCUGGAGGUGCUGAAGCAUGGCCCACUCCUCAGAACUGAAAUCCCUGCCAGGCUCCAGCAGUGGCUGGACAUAGAUGCCACCUGUGCCCACAACAUCAUGCGAGGCACUCAUGCAGGGGUCUUUGUUGUAAGUGGUGAAGUACAGAAUGACAAAGUGGUGGUGAACAAGGCCUAUGCCUGGCAGAAGAGGAACAGGAACCUGCACCAGGCGGUGCGGAGGUGGAAACAUCACCGCUGCCCCGAACAGGCGGGACAGAAGGUCUGAAAAAUCUCAAUUCCAGCAACAAGAAACUGCUCCCUUCCCUAUGGCUAGAAAACUCCUUUCCCUGGCAGGUGGUGUUUUGGAGAUGUACAGUUGUAUUUCUAGGUGAUUUGAAGCAGUCAUAGUGCACAGAUAGGGCUUCACUACAGAUCCCGUUUUACCAAGACAGAGCUUAAGGAUGCAGGUUUAACAUGUUCCUCUCACAAGGCUCUGCAGAUCCUGGAUGUGCAAUGUUCAGCUUUGUGUAGGAUCCAACAUCACAACAAAACUUAACUAUGCAGGUGAGGACAAACUAGAAGAAACCUUUAAUAACAGUUCCUUCUAGCUCUCAUUAUCAGAACUGGUAUUUCAGAUUCAUUAUUUGACCCUGAGACACUGAUGCGGUCCAAGUGCCUGCUUGCUUUCUGUCCAGAGAUUACAUGAAAGUCUCCCUGACUGCGAAGUAAUACUUUUUAUGUAAUGGAGCAAAUACUUUACUCUUGAACAGUCUGAGGUAAAUUAACCAGGAGAAGAACCCACCCCGGCUAUGCCCAGCCCCUUAGAAACUACAUGCUGAACUCUGCUCUUGAGUCAGGCUGUCCCUUCAGCUUCCUGUGCUGAGAGUUGAUGAGCAUCCACACAGGCAAAAGGAAACAGCCAUUCUCAAGCAGGAAAGGCACAGAGCAGAUAGCUGAGGGUUUCUGCAUAACAGGGAAAACUAUUUUUCCACAUCAGAAAUUCAGUGUGGAUCAGAAGAUUCUGGUAACUGGGGAUAUCACAAGAAUGUUGAGAAAAGCAGAGCAUGAGUGAGACAUCAGCUGUUCAAAGCUCUGCUUUGGUGUGAGCAACAGCUUUGCUUGGGACUGGGAGGCGAGUCCCAGCCCCAGCACAGUAGGAUAUUGCAGUUCCGAUAUGGGAGCAGGGGAGAAACCCUCCACAGCUGCCUGGCCUUCCACCUGUACACAGAGAAGAGAGAAGAUAUGGGAAAACUCAGUCUCACCAAGUUCUCUGCAGCUCACUCUCUCACCCAAGCAGGACUGUCACUCCCUGCAGGGGUAUGCACUGUGCUCCAGACGACAGAGCAGAAAACAGCAAAUCCCCAAAUGAGAAAACAGAUCGGAUUUCUACUGCCUAACAAAGCACUGUCCAUGGAAAGUUUUCCAUAUUGGCUUAAACCUGUGGCUGAAAUAAAAGAAAACAAGGGGAAAAAACAGCCUUUGGGAGGAAUGCUUUCUGCCUUGUUGGUGAUGCCUGUGCACAGACCGCUGCAGGCUGCUGGAGACACAUCGGUCUGCUGGAGACAUAUUGCCUCCCCGUGCUCACAAGGCACACCAACAACCCACGCUGUGAGCUCCUCCUCACACUGGUGUGGGCUGAAACGAGCGCUCAGACACACUGCAAUUCAGCUGUGCCCUGACAUUUGUGCAGUGAUUACUUUUCUUCCCUGAGGCUCAGAAGAAAAACACAGCGAAUUUUCCUAUUUUUAUUCCUCCCCACUGUCUUGUCUUAAAAACUGCUGCCCAAUCCACAGAAUCUGCUGUCAGGUGGUCCCUGCAAUGGCAAUAUCUUCUGAACAGACUGCGUUUGUAAAACAGAACACAUAAAAGCUCUGAAGGUUGAAAA